GGGAGAUGCAGGAGUAAAAACAAGGUGUAUGCAUUUUAUGCAUGCUUUAUUGCUAAGAUUUUAAUUAUUUGCGUGUAUUUUACAAAAUUCAACAAAUCUAUAUAUAUAUAAAUAUAACCUAUAAAAAUUUUCUUGUGCCAACUUUUAAAAUUAAUUACCAGCUUUUGGUAACAAAUUAACAGGAUCGAGUGAGCUUCAAUUCUUGAACGGAAAAUGAACAGGAAAACGAAUAGUAUGGAACUCUUGGACAUGGAGAAAAAUCGCUUGUCAAAGGACACAUUUCGGGCUGAAACCAAGUCUUUAAAUCUGGGCAAACAGGAGGCGAUGGCAUGGGGUAAAUCCUCCCCAAGCAAAAGUUACUGCUCGUCGAGCUCGACGUCCACCGAAAACGUCGUGUCUACUUUGGAACGGAAAAAGGCUUCGGCAGCUAACGAAACCAAAACGAUUAAUCGACCGGACGACCCUCCUCUUUUGCCAGGGGAAAAAGUUACAGGCCAGGCUCGAGAUGUCACUUACCUUUGCCCAUAUCAUGGCCCCGCCAGGGGCGUCUUAACCGUUACAAAUUACAAGCUGUAUUUCCGUUCUGGAGACAAGGACACGUCGAACGUGAUCAACGUGCCUUUGGGAGUCGUGUCCCGAAUAGAAAAGGUAGGUGGCCAAUCGUCGCGGGGCGAGAACGCUUACGGAAUAGAGAUAUUCUGCAAGGACAUGCGUAACCUGAGGUUCGCUCACAAGCAGGAGAACCAUUCGCGGAGGAACGUCUUCGAGAAACUUCAAAUGUUUGCGUUUCCCUUGUCUCACAAGUUGAAAUUGUUUGCGUUCGAGUAUAGCGAAGCGUUCCCGGAAAACGGGUGGGCCAUAUACGAACCCAUCGCGGAACUAAAGAGAAUGGGCGUCAACAACGACAUGUGGAAAAUAACGAAGAUCAACGAAGACUACAGGAUAUGCGACAGUUACCCGGCGGUGUGGGCGGUGCCGGCACAAGCGAGCGAUGCCGACAUCGAGACGGUGUCGAAUUUCAGAAGCAGGGGCCGAUUGCCGGUACUGAGCUGGAUCCAUCCCGAAUCCCAAGCCACCAUUACGAGAUGUUCGCAGCCGUUGGUCGGAGUUAGCGGCAAGCGGUGCAGGGAAGACGAGCACUACAUCCAGCUGAUAAUGGACGCGAACGCGCAGUCGCACAAGAUGUUUAUCAUGGACGCGAGGCCCAGCUCGAACGCGAUCGCGAACAAGGCGAAAGGGGGCGGGUACGAGUCGGAGGACGCGUACCAGAACGCGGAACUGGUGUUCCUCGACAUUCACAACAUCCACGUGAUGCGCGAGUCUCUGCGCAAACUCAAAGAGCUCUGUUAUCCGUGCAUCGACGAGACCAAGUGGCUGUCGGGGAUCGAGUCGACUUACUGGCUCAAACAUAUCAAGUGCAUUUUGGCGGGAGCCGUGCGGAUCGUCGACAAGGUUGAGAGUCACAAAACGUCAGUAUUGGUGCAUUGUUCCGAUGGGUGGGAUCGUACCGCCCAACUCACCGCCCUUUCGAUGUUGAUGCUCGACCCGUUCUAUCGCACGAUCAAGGGUUUCGCGGUGCUCAUUGAAAAGGAGUGGUUGUCUUUUGGUCACAAAUUUCAACAGCGCGUCGGCCACGGUGACGAUCACCAUUCGGACGCGGACCGAUCUCCCGUUUUCCUGCAGUUCGUCGACUGCGUGUGGCAGAUAACGCAACAGUUUCCCAACGCGUUCGAAUUCAACGAGCACUUCCUCAUUUCCGUCCUGGACCAUCUCUAUUCUUGUCGAUUCGGCACGUUCCUGUUCAACAGUGAGCGGGAACGGGUGCAAGAGAAAGUCAAGGACACGACGGUGUCGCUGUGGUCGUACACGAGCAGCAACCUGGACCUGUACCGCAACCCGCUGUACUGGGCGAGCAGCCAGCAGCAACGGGUACUGGUACCGAUAGCCAGUAUUCGCCACAUUAGGCUUUGGAAGGCAUACUACUGCAGGUGGAACCCGAGCAUGAGGACUCAGGAUCCAGUGUGUCAGCGCAUCAAGGAACUGUUGAAACUGAAGGAGCAGCUGGAAAACACGGCGGCGGAGUGUCGCAGGGAACAGCAGCAGAGGAUGGCGAGGAGCAAUGUGUCGCCCACGUGAGUAGUCGACUCGGAGGAAGCACUGUACCAAAACAAAGUGAUUAAGUCAUGUAAUAAUUUGUACUAUUAAUUAAUUAGUUAAGAAAUAAACGUCGU